AUGUGGAACAAACAGAGUGCGAUAAUUCUGCUUAUGAUGUCGUGUGGCGCAGAAGCACUAAUCGGAAGAACUCAAAGCGUUGGAAUUAAAGGUGUACUAACGUGUGGUAAUCAACCUGCAUCACGUGUGCUCGUGAAAUUGUAUGACGACGACCGAGGUAGAAUUGAUACAGACGACCUCAUGGCUAAAGGAUACACUGACAGCCGAGGAUAUUUCCAGUUGGUUGGUCAUAGCGAUGAAUUCACAACGAUCGAUCCAAAAUUGAACAUUUACACAAAUUGUGAAAAAGGAUUGUCGUGCACAAGAAAGAUUACGUACACUAUUCCUGAUGCUUACAUAAGCUCCGGAACGAAGCCAGCGCGCAUUCUCGAUAUGGGAAGACACAAUCUUGCUGUGAGAGUAAAAGGAGAAACCAUUAUGUAUAAGUACAUUUUUAUUGCUCUCACAUCGCUGUUUUGUGCCACUGAAGCACUGAUUGGAAGGACACAAAGUGCUGGAGUUCGAGGCGUGCUCAUGUGUGGCAACAGACCGGCGUCGAAUGUGUUGGUGAAACUCUAUGAUAAUGAUAGGGGAUUAGAUAGAGACGACUUGAUGGCCAAAGGGCAUACGGACAGCAGCGGUUAUUUUCAGCUCGUUGGUCACACCGAUGAGUUUACAACCAUUGAUCCCAAAUUGAACAUCUACACGGAUUGUAACGAUCAUCUGCCAUGCCAACGGAAAAUAACAUUUUAUAUUCCGAAAGCGUACGUUAGCCAAGGAAAACAACCUUCGCGUAUCGCCGAUAUUGGAACUGUGAAUUUAGCGUUCAAACGGAAAGGAGAAUCACGUGACUGCUUUCAUUAA